AUGGUCAACAUUAGUGAGGUCAAGGGUAAUUCACGCGAAAACAGGACCGCCGCGCAUACACAUAUCAAGGGCUUAGGACUACGACCAGAUGGCACCGCUGAGACAUCUGGAAAUGGGUUCGUUGGUCAGACCGCAGCCCGUGAGGCAUGCGGCGUGGUCGUGGAUCUCAUAAAGGCCAAAAAGAUGUCGGGCAGAGCAAUCCUAUUAGCAGGUGGUCCGGGAACAGGGAAAACAGCUCUGGCGCUGGCAGUGUCACAAGAAUUGGGCACCAAAGUUCCUUUCUGUCCGAUCGUGGGCAGCGAAGUGUACUCAACAGAGGUCAAAAAGACAGAAGCCUUGAUGGAAAACUUCAGGAGAGCAAUUGGUCUCCGUGUACGCGAAACAAAAGAAGUCUACGAAGGGGAAGUCACAGAACUCCUCCCAGAAGAAGCAGAGAAUCCGUUAGGUGGAUUCGGGCGUACGAUUUCCCAUCUCAUCAUUACCCUGAAAUCCGCAAAGGGAACCAAGAAAUUGCGACUAGAUCCCAGCAUUUAUGAAGCGAUCCAGAAAGAGAGGGUCAUGGUCGGAGAUGUCAUCUACAUCGAAGCAAAUACAGGCGCAUGCAAGAGAGUUGGACGAUCAGACGCGUACGCGACAGAAUUUGACCUCGAGGCUGAAGAAUAUGUGCCCGUGCCCAAAGGAGAGGUACACAAGAAGAAAGAAGUGGUACAAGAUGUAACCCUGCAUGAUCUCGAUAUCGCGAAUGCGAGACCACAAGGGGGCCAGGAUGUUAUGAGCAUGAUGGGCCAGUUGAUGAAGCCCAAAAAGACAGAAAUCACAGACAAGCUGAGAGCCGAGAUCAACAAGGUUGUCAGUAGAUACAUCGACCAGGGUGUUGCUGAGCUAGUCCCUGGAGUGCUUUUCAUCGACGAAGUUCACAUGCUUGACAUCGAAUGUUUCACCUAUCUCAAUCGUGCCCUCGAAUCUCCGAUCUCUCCCAUUGUCAUCCUCGCCUCGAACCGUGGCAACACUGUUAUUCGGGGUACGCACGACAUCACGGGCGCACACGGUGUACCACCGGAUCUUCUAGCUCGCUUGCUCAUCAUUCCUACACACCCGUACAAUGUCUCCGAGGUCCAAACCAUCAUUCGACUCCGGGCGAAGACAGAAGGUCUGUCCAUUUCCGAUGCGGCGAUCGAGAAACUCUCCCAACAUGGCACGAACGUGUCACUGCGCUAUGCCCUACAGCUGUUGACUCCCAGUAGUAUACUGGCCAAGGUUAAUGGACGGCAAGAGAUAGCUCCAGAGGAUGUGGCAGAGUGUGAGGACCUAUUUAUCGAUGCCGGAAGGAGUGCGAAAGUCGUAGAAGCGGCCGAGGGGUCUUUCAUCAGCUGA